AUGCAGGCUCGGGACCAGGUUCGGAUGCAGGUGAUGAAGGGUCGGGAAUGGGUGUGUUCGCUGCAUCAGGGAAAGGUGACUGUACACGAGAUGAGGAGAGUGACUGGACUUGAGGUGACUGUAGGAGUGGCUGCACGGGAAGCGACUGUGAAGGAGGCUGGCAACUACAUCGGCGGGUUCCCCAAUUCACCAUGUCCCCUUCCCCUCCCCCCACUUUCUCCCCACAUUCCCUCCGCCCACCCCCAGGCUGGGCAACUACAUCGGCGGGUUCCCCCAUUCACCACGUCUCCUUCCCCUCCCCCCAUUCCCUCCCCACAUUCCCUCCCCCCUCCCCCCCAGGCUGGGCAACUACAUCAGGGGGUUCCCCCAUUCAUCCUUUUUCCUUCCCCUCCCCAAAAUCCCUCCGCCCAACCCCCAAGGCUGGGCAACUACAUCGGCGGGUUCCCCCGGGCGGCGAUGGACCCUCUGCUGGACCUCAUGUUCCUCCCCUCGGGCCUCAACCUCAAUAUAGUGCGAUUCAAUAUAGGCGGCGGCUCCCUCCCUCAAUACAGCCCUCAGCUAUACACUGAUUCUUCCAUGCGCUGGCGGGCCAUGCCGGGGUACUGGCCGGCGCAGGCAGCGGGGUUCAACUGGACGGCGGAUUCGAGGCAGCAGGCGGUGCUGCUGGGAGCCAAGGCCCGCGGGGUGAACGUGUUCGAGGCGUUUUCCAACAGCCCGCCCUGGUGGAUGACCGCGAGUAAAGACGUCUCAGGGGCAAAGAAGGCGUGGAGGACGAACCUGCUACGAAGGUUCGAGGGGAAGUUUGCCAAAUACCUCGUAAAAGUCGUGGAAGGGUUUGCAAAGAACCCGGCGCUGGGGAACAUCGAAUUCGAUACGCUAGAGCCGUUUAAUGAAGGGCUGGAGGGACAAUGGGUGGCCGGGAUGGAGCAGGAAGGAUGCAACUUCAACCCACCUGAGAUGAACCGAGUUCUUCUCAAGACUUGGCUGGCUCUGCGGAAAAGGAAGCUUAAGACGAAGCUGGAUCAACGUGCACGGUUACCCUCUGCCGUUACACAUGUACCUGAACGUGACAACUGCACAGGCUAA